AUGGCUCCCCAGCCGGGCGCCAAUGGCGUCCUACCCGUCACACUUCUUCAGAAGAACGCGCCUGCUCAAACACCCCGCGGCCCCAAAGCGGCGCAGCCCCGCCUGAAGCUGAUAUGUCGCCGACUCCCCCCAGGCCUCACCAAAGCCGAGUUCAUCGAGGCCCUCGGUGAUGAGUGGAAGCUAGGAGCCGGCAAGAUUGACUGGAUCAACUACAGGAAGGGCAAGAUCUCUACAGAUGCCGCCAAACCCUCUAAACCAGCCCGAGCCUACAUACAUGUUACGAAGCAGGACCACGUCAAAGUACUCGGCGACCAUGUUCGUACCAUUACCUUCCACGACGCCACAAAGUCCUGGCAAGACCCUGUCCUCGUCGGCCCUCCAACUCUCGAAUACGCCCCCUACCCUAAGAUGCCUGGUGGACGCCGAAGGAAUGACAACCGCCAAGGCACCAUCGACCAAGACCAGGAGUUCAAGGACUUCCUCGAGAGCCUCACAAACCCCAUCACCAAGCCUGCCGCCCCCGAGAACGAAGGCCAAAAGGAAAAGGUCAAGACGACGCCUCUGAUUGAAGCGCUGCGGGAGAAGAAGGCUAAUAGGGAUAAGCCGAGCACCAAGGCAAACAGACAGGGACGUGGAGAGGGCAAGGAAGAUGUUGUAGAGCGUGGUGAGAAGAAGAUCCUGGCCAAACCAGGCAAGGAAAAUGCUCUCAAUGCCGGAGACAAGAACCGCCGUCUAAGCAAAGCUGACAAGGCUCAAGCAACUAAGGAGGCUGUGAAGAUUCUCAACAAGGAAGCCUCGUCCUCCAAGUCGGCCGCUGCCACCUCAAACGACAAAGCCUCUAGCAGUCCAGCACUUGAACGAAAGCGUGGUAAUGUCGCAAUCGCAAAAUCCAUGUUGCAACGUGACCUGGGUGUUGGACCAGCUCCUAACCGCAGACGUGGAACAAAGCGUGAGGUUGGCACAGCUGCGCCUGAAGCUGCCGUUCAAGCAAAGGAGAGCAAGGUCGUUGAAGAAAAGGCAAAGGAAACACCAGUUGCAGCACCCACUGCUGCUCCUAUAGAGAAGGCUGCCCAGGCAAACAGAAAGGAACGCCCAACUAGAGCAGAGCGCCGCGCAUUCAAGGCGAACCAGGGCGAGAAACCAAACGAGAAGCCUGCAACUACUGAGCCAAAAGCUCAAACAGCACCAAAGACUCCUGCGCCUCAAAUCCUCAAGAAGCCUCAAGCUGCUCAGACUCCGACCGCCCCGAAGGGUCCAGGUGCCUCACGAGCUCCACCUACUGAGCCUGCUGCUGCUAGAAACAACACUAGUACAGGCCAGCCCCUGACCACCCCAGCAAAGGCAGAGACAACGCCUGGUCCAGUGGCUAACAACGCCCCCAAAGCUAUACCCGCAUCACCUGCGCCUGCACCUACGAGCAAACAAGCGUUCCUCAAGCAUGCAAACCCCAGUCAGGGUAUCACCGAGCCCCUCAUCGAAGAGGCCAUGAAGGCAUAUGGAGGCAUUGACAAAGUCGAAAUUGACAAGCGCAAAGGUUUCGCCUACGUCGACUUUGCCGAACCCGAAGGCCUGCAAAAGGCCAUGGCUGCCAGCCCGAUCAAAAUAGCUCAGGGCGCAGUCCAAGUGCUCGAGCGCAAGGAGAAGGUGGCUAGGAACCCUCGCUUCAACGGCCCACCAACCGGCCCUGCUCGUGGCGGCGGUCGUGCAAACUUCGCGCCUCGCGGUGGACGUGGUGGUCGUGGAGGCGGCGCAAGAGGUGGUGGUCACGUUGGCCCAGGUCCCGCUGCCGAUACUACGUCUACCGCUCCAGCUGUUCCCCCGCCUGCUGCACCCGUAGCCACGGCCAAUGCUACCACGUGA